GUCCCUAGGGUCCGCUGCAGUAAUGGGGCUGGGUGGGGAGAGGUGCAGACCGCAAAACUCCUUUUGGAAAUAACGCGCUUUUCCUUUCUUUUUUCGCCUCUUUUUUUCUUUUCUUUCUUUUUUUCUCUCUUUCCUCUUCCCCGUCCCCGCUCCUUGUUUUACACUACGGAAGGCGAAUCCGUGCCAGGAGGCUCCCUGACCUCGUUCUGGCCGCGCGCCCAGGCGCGGUGCCCCGCCGGCGCCUCCCCACGCCCGGCGCAGGGCAGCGCCGCCGCCCGCCCGGCGCGGCCCGGCCGCGGAGCUCCGCGGGGCCCCGGCGGAGUUGCGCUAUAGCUGCUAUCUUUGCACGCUAAUGUAGCUCCACCGCUGCGCGGUGCCUGGGGGAGCGCGGCGGUGUUGCUGCACUGGUCGCAGGGUGUUUCGUAACGGGACUGGUAAAGCCGGCGCUCGAAGAGCGGCGAACAGCGGUGUGAGAAGAGAGGACUCCUGGAGCGGAGGGCGACAGGCUCGUCUCACACGUGCAGAGAGGUCCUCUCAGCCCUGCCAGGCAAGCAAAAGGAAAGUAAAGAAAAAGGUUUCUUCUAAAGCUGUUGCACAGAGGUUGCCGGGCAGUCUGUCACGUAGUGUUGCUUUAGCAUGCAGCCCAAUCCUGUCAUUUGUGGAGACCCUUGUUAGCACUGCAGAAUGAGUAUCUCCUGUGGCAGAAAGCUGGUGUAAAUGCCUGCUGCUGCCUCGCAGAGCCGAUAACCUGCUCAGUCAGCUGGAGCCCCCUGCGGACAGCUGUCUCUCUUUUAGCUGAUGGAAAACUGCUACUAACCGCUGAAUGGAAGAGCGCGGAGCAGCAACCAUACUAGCUGCGGCAGCCGCCGCCGCUGCAGCAAGAGCAAGCAAGGACUCUAUUGUUCCCUGGUGUUAAACAGUUUUUUCCUUUUCAACUGCCAUGCACAAUAGCGGGAGAGAGGUUUCCAGUCUGCUUCUCCCUGCGAAGAAAUUCUGAAGAGGGGAAUAUUAUUUGGAGGAGGUUUGACUGUUGUGCUGCAGGGCUCGAUACUGAAGCAGCCUGCUGGAGGCAUGGGGUUGAGCGCGGGGCGCGCUGCCCCAUGCCGUGGUCCAGGGGGUUCUGCUGCGGCCGGCCGGUGCCUGGGAGUUCUGGUGGCUCUGCUGGUGGGGAUCUGGGACGCUAAUGCACAGAGUGAAUUUGCAACUUCGUCCGUGUAUUUGUGGAAGACCGGUCCGUGGGGGCGAUGCAUGGGAGACGAGUGCGGCCCGGGUGGCAUCCAGACGCGAGCGGUGUGGUGUGCCCACGUGGAGGGCUGGACGACCCUGCCCACGAACUGCAAGCAGGUGGAGAGGCCGGACAACCAGCAGCACUGCUUCCGCGUGUGCGACUGGCACAAGGAGCUCUACGACUGGCAGCUGGGCGGCUGGAAUCAGUGCCGGCCCGUCCUGGCGAGGGGCCAUGAGAAACCCGCCGAGUGCCUCAAAGGCGAGGAAGGCAUCCAGGUGCGGGACGUAACCUGCAUUCAGAAAGUCAACGGCGUCCCUGCUGAGGAUGUCAUAUGUGAGUACUUUGAGCCCAAGCCUCGGCAGGAGCAGGCGUGCCUCAUCCCCUGCCGGCAGGACUGCAUCGUGGCCGAAUUCGCCCCGUGGUCAGAGUGCUCCAAGACCUGCGGCAGUGGGCUGCAGCACCGAACCCGCCACGUCGUGGCUCCUCCGCAGUUCGGUGGCUCUGCUUGUCCCAACCUGACUGAAUUUCAGAUCUGCCAGUCUAGCCCUUGUGCUAUGGAGGAGAGCAUGUACAACCUAAACGUGGGACCCUGGAGUGCCUGCUCAGUGCCCCAUUCGCGGCAGAUAAGGCAAGCGAGGAAGAGAGGGAAGAACAAAGACAAGGAAAAGGACAGAGAAAAAGCAGUACGGGAUCCUGAGGCUCGUGAGUUAAUUAAGAAGAAGAGGAAUAGAAACAGGCAAAACAGACAGGAGAACAAAUAUUGGGACAUACAAAUUGGGUAUCAAACCAGGCAGGUUACAUGUACCCACAGAAAUGGGAAAACCGCUGCUUUGAGCUUUUGCAAACAAGACAAGUUGCCAAUUACUUUCCAGUCCUGCGUGAUCACUAAGGAGUGCCAGGUAUCCGAAUGGACAGAAUGGACCCCAUGCUCCAAAACUUGUUUUGACAUGACAACCCCUAAGGGGAAUCGUACAAGGACACGGACCAUUAAACAGCUUCCCAUUGGCAGUGAAAGUGAAUGCCCAGAACUAGAGGAAACGGAACAGUGUAUUUCUCAAGGGGAUGGAGUGGCACCCUGCAUUACGUAUGGUUGGAGAACCACAGAGUGGACAGAAUGCCGUGUUGAUCCUUUACUUAGCCAACAGGACAAAAGGCGAGGAAAUCAGACAGCGCUGUGCGGAGGUGGCAUUCAAACCCGGGAAAUGUACUGCGUUCAAGCUAAUGAAAAUCUCCUCUCCUAUUUAAAUACCCUCAAGGAAAAAGAAGAAAGUCGGUCACAGAGCAAGUCGAAGGCUAGUGCUGCACCUCUGCUAUCGAUCACUUUUGAAAUAACAGCUUCUCGGCCUGUGGACCGCAAGCUGUGCACAGGACCUCUGCCCAGCACCAGCCAGCUGUGCCACAUCCCCUGCCCCAUAGAGUGCGAGACCUCGGCGUGGUCAGCCUGGGGACCGUGCGCCUAUGAAAGCUGCGAGGACCCGCAGGCCAAGAAAGGUUUUAAGUUAAGAAAACGGCGCAUCACGAAUGAGCCUACUGGAGGAACCGGCAACUGCCCUCACCUGCUGGAAGCCAUCCCAUGCGAGGAGCCCUCCUGCUAUGAGUGGAGAAUCGUGGGGCUGGAGCAGUGCCUUCCCGACAACGAGAAGCCCUGCGGGCCCGGGACCCAAGUGCCUGUCGUCGUCUGUGUCAACAGCGAUGGAGAAGAGGUUGACAGGCAGCUGUGUAGAGACGCUAUCUAUCCAAUCCCCGUUGUCUGCGACGCUCCGUGCCCAAAGGACUGCGUGCUCAGCAUGUGGUCCGGCUGGUCCUCCUGCUCGCACACCUGCUCCGGCAAAACCACAGAAGGAAAGCAGAUGCGUGCCCGCUCUAUCCUGGCAUAUGCAGGUGAAGGAGGAAUUCGAUGCCCAAAUAGUAGCGCACUACAGGAAACACGCAGCUGUAACGAACACUCUUGCACUGUGUAUCAUUGGCAGACUGGACCGUGGGGACAGUGUAUAGAGGAUGCUUCUGUGUCUGCUUUCAACUCAUCUGCCAGCUGGAAUGGGGAGGCCACCUGUGCUGUUGGGAUGCAGACAAGAAAAGUAAUCUGUGUGAGAGUCAACGUGGGACAAGUGGGCCCAAAAAAAUGUCCAGAGAGUCUCCGACCAGAAACAGUGAGGCCGUGUCUGCUUCCUUGUAGGAAAGACUGUAUUGUCACUCCAUUCAGUGACUGGACGUUGUGUCCUUCUUCGUGUCAAGAAGGGGAUGUCGCAGUAAAGAAACAGUCUCGUCAUCGAGUCAUAAUCCAGCUCCCUGCCAACGGAGGUCGUGAGUGCCCGGACGCUUUAUUUGAGGAAAAGGAAUGCGAAGCUCCUCCCAUCUGCUAUAGCUACAGAUGGAAGACCCACAAAUGGCGCAGGUGCCAGCUGGUACCAUGGUAUGUGCGCCAGGACAGUCCAGGAGCACAUGAGACUUGUGGACCUGGGCUACAAGCAAGAGCAAUUACUUGUCGCAGACAAGAUGGAGGACAGGCUGACAUCAGCGAGUGCCUUAAAUAUGCUGGCCCAUUACCGUCCUUAACACAGACAUGCCAGAUUCCUUGCCAAGACGAUUGCCAGUUUACAAACUGGUCAAAGUUUUCUUCCUGUAAUGGGGACUGCGGAGGAGUCAGGACCAGAAAACGCACUCUUGUUGGAAAAAGUAAGAAAAAGGAUAAAUGCAAAAAUUCUCAGCUGUAUCCUCUGAUUGAGAAUCAGUUUUGUCCCUGUGACAAAUACAGUGCUCAGCCCGUGGGAAACUGGUCGGACUGUAUACUACCAGAGGGUAAAGUGGAAGCAUUGCUGGGAAUGAAAGUACAAGGAGACGUUAAAGAAUGUGGACAGGGCUACCGUUACCAGGCCAUGGCAUGCUACGAUCAAAACAGUCGGCUUGUGGAAACAUCACGAUGCAACAGUCAUGGUUAUAUUGAGGAAGCCUGUAUUAUUCCGUGUCCCUCAGACUGCAAGCUCAGCGAAUGGUCCAACUGGUCCCGCUGUAGUAAAUCCUGUGGGAGUGGGGUAAAGGUUCGGUCUAAAUGGCUCCGUGAAAAACCCUACAAUGGUGGAAGACCCUGUCCUAAGCUAGAUCACGUCAAUCAGGUCUACGAGGUAGUCCCAUGCCACAGUGACUGCAGUCAGCACAUAUGGGUUACUGAGCCCUGGAGUGUCUGCAAAGUGACCAAUGUGGACUUAGAAGAGAAUUGUGGGGAAGGUGUUCAAACCAGAAAAGUCAGGUGCAUGCUAAACACCGUGGAUGGUCCUUCUGACACUGUAGAGGACUAUCUGUGUGAUCCUGAAGAGAUGCCGCUUGGUGCUAGAAAAUGCACAUUACCAUGUCCUGAAGACUGUGUUGUGUCUGAAUGGGGACCAUGGUCUCGAUGUACUUUGCCGUGCAAUGGAAGUAAUGUCCGCGAAAGGUCAGCAGAGUCUUUGAGACAACCAGAUGAUGGAAAGUCUUGUCCUGCUGCCACUGAGACAGAACCCUGCACCUUGAACAAAAACUGCUACCACUAUGAUUACAACGUGACAGACUGGAGCACAUGUCAGCUCAGCGAGAAAGCUGUCUGUGGUAAUGGUAUCAAAACACGAAUGCUAGAUUGUGUUCGCAGUGAUGGCAAAUCAGUUGACCUGAAGUACUGUGAAGAGCUCGAUUUGGAGAAGACGUGGCAGAUGAAUACAUCGUGCGUAGUGGAAUGCCCUGUAAACUGUCAGCUCUCUGACUGGUCCCCUUGGUCUAAGUGCUCGCAGACAUGUGGCCUUACAGGAAAAAUGAUCAGAAGAAGAACCAUAAAUCAGCCAUUUCAGGGGGAUGGGAGGCCUUGUCCUUCUCAGAUGGAGCAGUUCAAACCCUGUCCAGUAAAACCUUGUUAUCGAUGGCAAUAUGGCCAGUGGUCUGAAUGCAAAGUAGAGGAUGCUCAAUGUGGAGAGGGGACACGAGUGAGGAACAUUUCCUGCGUGGUUUUUGAUGGAUCGAUUGAAGAUGUUGGCAAAGUAGUAGAUGAGGAAUUCUGUGGCGAAGUAGAGCCUAUUAUAGAUGGUAAUAAGAAGAUGGUACUUGAGGAAGCAUGCACCGUCCCUUGUCCAGGGGACUGUUAUUUGAAAGAGUGGUCAGAAUGGAGCCUUUGCCAGUUAACCUGUGUUAAUGGGGAGGACCUUGGCUUUGGAGGGAUACAAGUCCGGUCUCGGGCAGUGAUCAUUCAAGAAUUAGAGAAUCAACACCUCUGUCCAGAACAGGCUUUGGAAACACGACCGUGCAGUGAUGGCCAGUGUUAUGAGUACAAGUGGAUGGCUAGCCCGUGGAAGGGGUCUUCUCGAACGGUGUGGUGCCAAAGGUCAGAUGGCUUAAAUGUCACAGGGGGCUGUUUAGUGAUGCGCCAACCAGAUGCUGACAGGUCAUGUAGUCCACCGUGCAGUCAACCCCACGCUUACUGUAGUGAGACUAGGACAUGCAGUUGUGAAGAUGGAUACACUGAAGUCAUGUCCUCCAAUGGUACGCUCGAGCAGUGCACGCUCAUCCCAGUGGUGGUGAUCCCCACCAUGGAGGACAAAAAGGGAGAUGUGAAAACCAGUCGAGCUGUGAACCCCACCCAGCCCUCCAGUAACCAGUCAGGACGAGGAAGGACCUGGUUUCUGCAGCCUUUUGGGCCAGAUGGGAGGCUGAAGACCUGGGUUUAUGGUGUAGCUGCUGGUGCAUUUGUUUUACUCAUCUUUAUUGUUUCUAUGAUCUAUCUAGCCUGCAAAAAGCCAAAGAAGCCCAAGCGAAGGCAGAACAACCGGCUGAAACCUUUAACCUUGGCUUAUGAUGGAGAUGCAGAUAUGUAAAAUACAACUUCCCAUGGUGACAAAUGGAAUCUAAAUUAUUGGAUCAAAAUCAGAAGGUAUCCAAAGCCACAAGGAUUUGCUAUGGAGUGGAUGAAGUGUUUUGACUUUUUUCUUUUUUGUAACUGAACCAUAGAUAAAGAAGAAUGGAUUUCAUAAUGCCUAUGGAUAUUCAAGGUAUUAUUGAUUUACUUUGGACCAUCAACACUGAGAAUUCUGGCAGAAUAACUUUAAUAGACACUGCAGUUGGAGAUAUUUGCGGUCUUUCCUCAGUCCUACAAAACUAUAAGCACCACUUCUGUCUCCAGAACGCUGUAGCUGACAUAGUUUUUAAAGCCCCUGCAACAUUAAUCAAGUAUAACCAGUACAGCAUGAAGAGUUUGUACUAUGACUCUUUAUAUUCAAGCAUAACACAUAUACUCGGUUGAACCGUAUGUAUUACUCUGUCAGAUUAUGUACUUGUUAAAGAGCAUUUUAGUGCUUAGCAAAAUAUUAACUUUUAACUGAGAUUAACCCACUGAGCAAAUUCAACAGUUUGGCAAUUGAUAACUCAUGUUAACCUGCAUUUCAGAGGGCAAUGACUCCCUUGCAAAAUUCUGUCCUGUUAUCACUCCAAAGUAUAAAUGCCUCAGCUAUACAUCGAGAAGAGAAGCAUUUUCAGAUUCAGUAUUUUCUAGAGGUUACUGUCUGGAAAAAUAAUACCCAUUGUAAAUGUUACAAUACGUUUCUACUUUCUCUAACUCAAACUGUUGCCUGCAUCUUUUUUGCUACGUGUAAGGCAAAUUUUUGCACUAUAUUAGUGCAGCAUGAUAUGCACUUAACUAGUAUUGCCAUAGAAACUGCCUCUGUUCAGAAAGGAUGAUGAUGUAUCUUGUGCAAGGAGUGUCAAGGAGACAGGUCUUAAAUCCUGAAGAGAGUAGAGUUCAGUUUGGACUGUGCCUGGAUGGGAUCGGCUAAUGACGUGUACAGUAUACACUGUUUCUCAUCACCGCGGCCAUUUGUAGUCUAUAUCAUGGCAGUAAUACAAGUGUCUAAUUUCUUGCCCCAUCUACCUAUACAGAUAUAGAUUGUCCUGCUGGUUUCUAAUUGUACUUUGAAGGCUGUUUAUGACUAGAUUUUUUAUAUUUGUUAACUUUGUUAAAAAAAAGAAAAGAAAAAGAAAAGUGGUUUCCCUCUAAUCUUGAGUGACAUAUUUAUCUGAAAAGGUAUUCUGAUUGUUUGUUCAACUAAAAGAAAAGCUUUUUGCUAUUUUUAUUUCACUAGUGAAAGCAUUUUCACUGUUGCUGACAGUGCAAAACUCGGAGCCCUUUUGUCUUUUCUAAUUAAGAUAAUUGGAUAGACUCUACUUUUGAUUGUUCUGCUCAACUCUUGCGUGUACUGGCAAGUAAAGAAUAAGAUCAAUACUUCGGCCAUUUUAAUAGUAAUAACUUUUUUAAAAAAUUCUGGCAGUAUAAAAGCUCACUGUUAACCUCUUCCAUGCUUAUGCUUCCACCAUGAAGCACGUUGACUUGUCAUUGUAUCUGCAAGCUUGUUACGAAUGGGAUUCAUGGCCUGAGAAGAGUUAUUCUCGCAAAAUGGCUUCUACAUAUAAGUGACUGUGCCACUACUAAGCAAUACAAUUACAAAACUUUAUCAGGCAACCGCUCAAAAAUAAUUGUUAUAUAAAGUUCAGUAUUAGGUUCUCAGGUCUUUUUUAUAACCGAAACCAUUUCUGCCUAUUCAGCACAAUAUUUGCUCAAGAAGCACCAGUUUUUGCACAUUAAAGAAAACUGUAGCUUUUGCAAACUUUGGCCCACUGUAACCAAUGUAAUCAAGGUAAUCCACUGUGAUCAAUGACAAGACUCUCAUUGACAUCAGCGGGUUACAUCAGUCCUUAAAAAUACCUAACCUUGUUCAAUGUAAAAUAAUUCUUAGAAUUGAUGUGCAUUUUGUGCAAUGUUAAGAGAGAUUAUGGUCCAAUUUAACCUACCUAAUUUAUAUUACCGGUGUGGUGUUACAGUGUAAAGAAAAUGAUCUUCCUUCCACUGCAUAGAUAUUCACCUGAAUGGGAAUGAUAAGCAAAGGAAAAAUAGUAAGAAGCUUUUGUACAGGUUAAAUUUCUCACUUUAUACCUUGAUUCUGCAACAGCUGGUGAAGUGCCAUGGCCCCCUACUGCAGCAGUGGUUCAUUCACCUAUGUGGGGGCUUCAGUCUGGCAUCACUCUGUAAAGGUCUGGAGAAAAAACCAAAUCUUCAAAGUUCUUGAGUAGGAAACAACAGAAACCCAGUUGAUUCCUAUUUAAUCAGAUGUACAAAAAUAAGGUGGAAAAGUUUAAAGGUUUUAAAAAUUAUAUAUAUCAUAUGGAAAUCAUGAUUUCUGUACUUUAAAAAGUCUGAUUGUGGGUUGUCCAAUAGUGUUGGACUGAUAUCAGUUGAGGGAACAGGAUUUCUUUCACUGGUAACAAAUCAUCGUUAUUUAUUAUACUGGCAGGUCUUGGAUGCUUUUGUCUAGUUCUUGCCUUGAAGAUUAUUAUGCCCUAAAUGUCAGAAUUUAGUAACUUGAGGGUUAUUAAGCUAUACCAUCUCCUGUUUCUCGCUGUAUAAAAAUGACAAAUGGAGAAAGGGAUAAAAGUUUAAGAAUGUUUGGCCUUUGCAAUCCAUGCAAGUAUUUUAAUAUGUGUUACAUUUUAUAGCUGGUCAGUGAAUUGUGGAGGUGCACAUCCACGUCAUACUCGUGCUGCAUCUAAAAUCUAUAGUGCAUUUUUGAAAAACAGUGCACAGAAAUUUGAAGCCAGAAUGGCUUCUGUCUUUAACAAGAAAAGAUUAUUAGGCUAUAAGGAGGGCUGACGUAGUAUGUAAAGCUAAAAGUUGCAAAGGUGAUUAAGCCUUUUAGCAUGGAAACAAUAAUAAAUAAUAGGGUAAGUAUCAGUAUAGAAUGAAAAGUAUUUGCUUUAAAAAUCAGAGUGCUUCGUCAAAUCCAGUGCCUAAAGCAGCCACUACUGUAGAUUGUUAGUUUGUGAAAGUAACGUUUCCAGUGAUCAAAUAAACCAUGCAGAAAAUAGCAAAGUAGUCAUUUUCCUGUUGAUGUGGUGGUUUGUAAUUUCCUUUUUAAAUCUGUAGUUUCUAGAUGACUGUGUCUGCUUUGAGUCCUGGAGCAGUUCCUUUUCAAAGCUUCAGUGCUCCUGCACAAGCUUGUUUAUAUUUGGUAUAAAGCACCAAUUUUGAAACUCCCUUCCUCCUGCCAAAAUGUAAAGUCCAUUUUCCAAUAAUACAAUCUGAAGAGACCAAUUUAAAAAUUCUGUGUAUAAAUCACUGUAAAAUAUACCUUGAGUGAAAUGGAAAUCUGUCUUUUUACCUUUAUGUAAAUUGUGCUCACCCAAAGUUAAGAGUUUAUUUUGCCUAACUUAAUUUACUUGAAUAUUUAUUUUGUAGAACAAGGAGGCAGCUGUCUGAGGAAUGUUUACCUUUUUUUUGUUAAUGUUAAUUUGUAAAUUGUGUAAUGCAUUUUUAUUUUUUAAAUUGUGUAUAUUUCUUUUUUUAAUGCACAAAAUGUUUACGUACAACUACUGCAAAUUUGUGUAUAUUGUCACUAAGCUUUAUUCAGUUAAUACAGAUGACGUGAAAAUGUAACAAGUCUUACAUUUUCAUAUGGGUUAUUUUUACAUAACUGAUGUAUUGCUGACAAUAAAUAUAAACACAAAAUCA